AUAAAAUGCCAAAAGAUCCCAGUUGGGUAUUUCUUUUCCAUGUCAGGACAAGGAAUUAUAGAUAGGAGAAAGAUUAAAAUCUAAAAGCACACGGUGAUGACACUGCUCUACUCUCUUCUAUCCAUUAAUGCAAGAAAAAUAGGGUCUCACCAGUUUCCUUUCUCUCUGUGUUGUUGCAAACCUUGAAAGCUGGUUCUCUUGUUAUUUAUGAAAUGGUCAGAGGGAGUAAAGGAGGAGAGGGUAUUUGUCAGGGUGAAAGGUCUAAAUGGAAAAGUGAGCUGCCAUGGCAUAGUGGAAGUCCAUUUAUUAAGAAUGAGAAGAUUGUCCAGUUUCAUGAGACAGACACUCACUCUACAUGGCCAUGGCCCUUGUCCUCUAGUGCCUGAAAAAAAGCUACUAAGAGAAGGAGGAGGAGAAGUCUAUGGUGCUAGGAUUGACAGGUGGUGAGAUCUUCCUUUAUGAAAGGAGUUUUUCAUCUGCACAUGACAUGAGUUGCCAGGUCUUAAAUGAAUGGUCAUACGGACAGAUAUAAAGUUGGUAAUUCCAUAGUGGAGUGGCUAGAGGAUGAGGAUGAGAUGAGAACUUAAUAUAACUAUAUAUGCUUAACUACCACUAUGCAGCUUGUUGAGACUAAUGCCUUGCUCUCUCUUUGUUUUGCAGACUUCAUUCUAUUUUUGUUUUCCUGUCUGUCUUUCCUUCUCUAGCCACAGCAGCAAUGGAUUCUUCUUCCCAUUGUCUGGGAAGUUCAAAGAACAUCGGUGGGAGCCAAGGCACUGAAUCUGGAUGGACAAAUUACAUUGGCUCUUUCAUCCAUGACAGACAUUCUGGAGAUGGGCUUAACAGCAAACAGGCGAAUCACAAAAAUGGUGGUGGCUAUGGCAGUGAUAAUGAGGAUGGAGAGAGUGAUGACUCCAUGGUCUCAGAUGCCUCUUCUGGCCCAAGUCAAUCUGAAAUUCCAACUAGGCAAAAGAAGGGUUUUGUUUCUUGGAGCAGAGGUGUUCCCAAGCAUGUAUCCAGUACUUGCUCAAAGAAAGAGCAGAAACUAGGGAAGCCAAGAGGUGGAGCGAGGUUCAAGCUGGAAGAAGAAGAAGAAGAAGAGUGCAUGGUAGAGGCAAAGAGUGCUGCUAGCCAUACUGGAUCCAAGAUGAGAAAAUGCAAGUAGAAGGAGCCCUAGCUGUAAGAAAGUGGGUGAGAAAGGUUUUAAUUAAACUGUUCUGUUUCUGAUUUUCCAUUUCCUUGUUUUUUGUUUGCACUUCACUUCUUCUACUGGGUUUCUGUUUUUGGACUGCAACACUGUUCUUUUUUAGGUUGUCUGUAAGGAAAAGCACUCUUCACUCCUGACCCAUCUCUUUCUUUCCUUGUUAAACAAGAUGCAUGUGACAGAUACCAAAUGUUGAGCUCUACCCAUCUAACUAAGAAAAUGGACAAUGUCAA